UAUAUCAAAAUCUUUGGGUAAGGGAGUUGAAAGACAAAAGCAUCAUGGGAUCCCAAACACAUUCUCAGCUACCAAUCGUAGACUUCACUAGCCAAAAUAUGAAACCGAGUACGGGUACAUGGGUUUCAGCUUGUCAAGUAGUGCGUAGUGCACUUGAGGAUCAUGGUGGUUUCUUGGCACUCUAUGACAAGGUUAGUUUGGAGACACACAACUCUACUUAUUCUGCAAUGGAGAAUUUUUUCGACCUCUCAAUAGAAUCAAAGUGGAGAAAGACUACAGAAAAGCCUAUAUUUAGCUACUCCGGGCAGCGACAAGGGAUUCCUUUAUACGAAUCUGUAGGUAUUAUGAACCCGCUAAGUUAUGAGGAUUGUCAGAAAUACACAAAUGUUGUGUGGCCCAAAGGAAAUGACCUUUUCUGUGAAAGUGUCAAUUCCUAUGCAAAGCAACUAGUGGAAUUGGACCAUAUUGUGAAGAGAAUGGUGUUUGAGAGCUAUGGGUUAGAGAUGAAGAAAUUUGAGUCUUUACUUGAAUCAACAGAUUAUGUGCUCAGAGGCUACAAAUAUAGAACACCCCAAGUGGGUGAGACCAACGUGGGAGUGGCUCCUCAUUCUGACACAGCUUUGCUAACUAUAUUGAAUCAAAAGGUAGAAGGCUUGGGGGUCAAAUUGAAGGAUGAGGAAUGGUUUGAGGUGGGUGUUUCACCAUCGCUCUACUUGGUAAUGGCUGGCGAUGCAAUGAGGGUUUGGAGUAAUGACAGGAUACGCGCUUGUGAGCACAGAGUUUUAAUAAACUCAAUGAUAGAGAGAUACUCGAUUGGACUACUUUCAUAUGCUGCUAAGAUAAUGGAACCAGAAGCUGGGCUAGUUGAUGAGGAACAUCCUCUUCGUUAUAAAUCAUUUGACCAUUAUGGAUACCUACGUUUCUUUCUCACUGAAGAAGCCAUCAAAUCUGAAUCCAGGAUCAAGGCAUAUUGUGGUAUUUGAGAAUGGUGUCGUUGUGUGAAUUCAGUGUCAUGUUCCAAGGAUGAAAAAUGUUCAAAGUCCUAUAUAUGUGUCUAUUGCAUUUGCAUCAGUCUAAUUUCGUGUAUGAAUGUUGAUUGGGGAGUAUCUGUUAUUUUCUGUAGAUGAAAUGGACAUAAUAAAUAAUACGUGCAAUCUGUAGUGUUGUCCUAUUAAUUGUAUU